ACACGCAGAGGCCAUUUCCGUUUUAAAUUGUUGUUCCACAACAACAAUCAUGGCGACAUAUAGACAGGUUGGAAGGUUGUUGAGAAUUUCUGCAAGACUUUCACGACCUCUUGCUGGAAGUGGGUGUCAGAGCAGUGGAUUUCAUUGGCCUUCACAAGCUACAGGAGUAUCUAACAGAUGGCCACAACCCCCCCUCUGGACUGUUCCUGAAAGGAGCAUGUUUGUGCAGACGCAGGAUACACCAAAUCCAAACAGUUUAAAGUUUUUGCCUGGUCGCACAGUUCUUGAGGAAGGAACUAUGAAUUUUGCCAGCCCUCGUGAUGCUUACUGCUCACCCUUAGCCAGACAACUUUUUAGAAUUGAUGGAGUUAAAAGUGUCUUCCUGGGUCCAGAUUUUAUCACCAUCACGAGGACUGAUGAAAAUAUGGAAUGGAGGGUAAUUAAACCUGAUGUUUAUGCCACAAUUAUGGAUUUCUUCACUUCUGGACUCCCAGUUGUCAAUGAGGACAGCAAGCCAAGUGCAGAUACGGCACCAUCAGAGGAUGAUGAUGAAGUUGUUGCUAUGAUCAAAGAGCUACUAGAUACACGAAUAAGGCCAACGGUGCAGGAGGACGGAGGCGAUGUUCUGUAUCGAGGGUUCGAUGAUGGCAUCGUCAAACUGAAGCUGCAGGGCUCCUGCACCAGUUGCCCCAGCUCUGUCAUAACGUUGAAGAACGGAAUCCAAAACAUGCUGCAGUUUUACAUACCCGAGGUGGAAUCAGUAGAAGAGGUAAAGGAUGAUGAGAACGAAGAGGCAGCAGAGGUUUGAGCUAAUAAUAAGAACUUUAUUGAUGCAUUUCUCUCUCUUUCUCUCACUCCAAACCACUUAUCUCACUCAAAGCAGUAGCACCAAACAAAAAAAAACUGUUGUGUAUUUAGGUAGUUCUGUCCACCUUUUGCAAAAUGUAGGACAGAACUGAUCAGACACUUAUUGUACAGCUUAAACAAAUGGAAUUUAUUCUUUUACAGUGUUGUUCAACUUCUAAAUUAACUACAGGUCAAAACAACAUUCAGGCAGAAAAUACUUAAUUGAUACUGUAUCUAUGUAAGUACAUAAUGCAUGUAAAUGUAUUUCCAGAAUAUAAACAUUGAAAAAAAUA